CCUAUUUUUUAAAGUAAAUUAUUGUUCCUCUCUCUCUCCUUUACAUCUCCUUCUUCAUUCCUCCUCACUCAAACAAAAUAAUGUUGACUGUGAAGGCAUCUCACCUUGUCAAACCGGCCGUUAAAACGCCUUCCGGCUACAUGUACUUGCCGGAAAAUGAUCAGUUCAUGCCUAUAACACACGCAACUAUAAUCUACAUCUACAAAUCCCAAACCGUCUCCGAUCUCUCUCUCUCCUUAAUAACACAUAUUCUAAAAACCUCCUUAAGCAAAACCCUCACUAUUUUCCACCCAUUAGCCGGCCGCCUCCACUUACCCUCCCAAAGCAGCCGCUUCCAACUUAACCUCAACUCCGCCGGAGCUCUCCUACUAGAAGCUGAAUCCACCAAAAAACUUGAAGAUUUCGGCGAUUUCUGCCCCACGCCGCAGAUCAGACAGCUCAUUCCUUCCGUCGACUACACCCGUCCGAUUCAUGAAAUUCCACUUCUUAUUGUCCAAUUAACUAAGUUCAAAUGCGGCGCCGUUAGUCUCGGACUGGGAUUUCAGCAUACGGUUGUUGAUGGGCGAGCUAGUAUUCAUUUUAUGUCGGAGUGGGCGAGAAUUUCUCGUGGGGAAUCGCCGGAGUAUCUUCCUUUUCUUGACAGGACUGUUCUAACCGUCGGCGAUGAUGAUGAGAUUAAGCCCGGAUUUGAGUUGGGUCGUCCGCCGGUAUUGAUUGACGGACCGGGUCCGGAUGAAGAGCGGGGGAAAGAGACAACCGUAGUCCUGUUGAAGUUGACGAAAGAUCAGAUCGGUAAAUUGAGAAAAACGGCUAAUCAGAAUCAACAGAAGACAGGAUACGACAAGGGCCAACCGUACUUUACUCGGUUCGAGGUGGUGGCUGCCCACAUGUGGCGUUGCAUGUCCAUAGCCCGUCGACUCAAUAAUGAGCAAACAACCAGACUACGUAUGCAGAUGGAUUUCCGUCGCCAAAUAGACCCCCCACUCCCGGAUAAAUACUUUGGAAAUGCGAUGUUAAUUGUGACAACAGAUGUCACAAUGAAGAAUUUGUUGUUGCAAGGAUUGGGAUACGUGGCAGGAAAGGUGAGGGAGGGCAUAUCUAAAGGAACAAAUGAGUAUGUGAGAUCUUUCCUUGCUCAUCUUAGGAAGAUUGAGGAUUUCAACAAAAUGAGGUACUUUCAUAUUGUGGGUACUAAACAAGGUGAUUUUCAAGGGAACCCUAAUUUGUCCAUCACAAGUUGGAUAGGCUUGACAAAGGAUGGUGCUGAUUUUGGAUGGGGCAAAGAGAUUUACAUGGGGCCAGGUCUAGUUGGAUUUGAUGGCAAGGCUUUUGUUUUCCCUCGCUUUGCUGAUGAUGAUGGAUCUCUCAUGGUGGCCUUGCGUUUGCAAAAGACCCACAUUGACGAAUUCAUAAGGCUCUUUUAUGAAAAUUUGUCCAACAUGUCUAGAUUAUAAUUGUGGAAUGUUUUGUCUUAUUGUUUCUUAUCUUUAGUCUAUGUUAGAAUUCCAAUUACUAAAUGUGCUUAAUUGUGGUUUCAUAUAUUUGUUUUAUGUAUGUUAAAGACAUGUUAUUUUAUAUUCAUAUAUGGUUAAUAUAUAUUUGAUCUUUCUCAAUGUCUAAAUAUUGAGAGAUUUUACUAA